CCCUUCGCCAUCAGCACCCAACCCUUUGCUUUUGGCACCCAAAUCUUUGCCAUUGGCACCCAGCCCUUCGCCAUCAGCACCCAACCCUUUGCUUUUGCCCUUCGCCAUCAGCACCCAACCCUUUGCUUUUGGCACCCAAAUCUUUGCCAUUGGCACCCAGCCCUUCGCCAUCAGCACCCAACCCUUUGCUUUUGGCACCCAAAUCUUUGCCAUUGGCACCCAGCCCUUCGCCAUCAGCACCCAACCCUUUGCUUUUGGCACCCAACUCUUUGCCAUUGGCACCCAACCUUUCACCAUUGGCACCCAACCCUUCGCCAUCAGCACCCAACCCUUUGCUUUUGGCACCCAAAUCUUUGCCAUUGGCACCCAACCCUUCACCAUCGGCACCCAACCUGUCGCUGUUGGCACCCAACCCUUCACCAUCAGUACUCAAGUCUUUGCCAUUGGCACCCAACCCUUUGCUGUCGGCACUCGAUCAUUCACCGUUGGCACCCAAUUCUUCACCAUCGCACUCAAAUCUUUGCCACCAGCACCCAACCCUACACCGUCGGCACCCAAUUCUUCACCAUCAGCACCCAACUCUUCACCAUCAGCACCCAACCCUUUGCCAUCAGCACCCAACCCUUCACCAUUG